AUGGAAAGAAUUCCUUAUGCUUAUGUUGUAGGAAGUUUGAUGUAUGCACAAACUUGCACCAGGCCAGACAUCAGUUUUGCAGUUGGUAUGUUGGGCAGAUACCAAAGUAAUUCUGGAAUGAAUCAUUGGAAAGCUGCGAAGAAAGUGAUGAGGUACUUGAGGGGAACAAAAGAUUGUAUGCUUACUUUUAAGAGGUCUGAUAAUUUGGAGGUGAUUGGCUACACAGAUUCAGACUUUGCUGGAUGUGUUGAUAGUAGAAAAUCAACUUUUGGUUAUAUAUAUCUAUUGGCUGGGGCAGCAAUUUCAUGGAAAAGUGAUAAACAGACUAUUAUUGCUGCAUCCACAAUGGAAGCUAAAUUUGUGGCAUGCUUUGAGGCCACGAUUCAUGCUGUAUUUUUCUCCAAGAACGACAAAUACUCUAAUGGUGCUAAACACAUGGAGUUAAAGUAUUUUGCCGUUAAGGAGGAAGUUCAGAAACAACAGGUGUCUAUUGAACAUAUUAAUACUGAGCUCAUGGUUGCAGAUCCACUAACUAAAGGGUUACCACCAAAGACAUUUAAAGAACAUGUUAAAAGAAUGGGUCUUGAUUGUAACCCUUGA